GAGUUUGGGUGACACCUCGACACAUUAUCGUCAAUUCUACAACAGUGGAAUUGUAUUGGAGUCCGCCGGAAACGCCCAAUGGCCUCAUUUCUCAAUACCGGUUGAGUCGUAAUGGAACCUUCGUCUUCCUGGGUGGCCAGGAGAAACAGCACUUCACUGAUCAAAACCUGGAGCCUGACAGCAGGUACAUUUACAAGUUGGAAGCCACAACUGGAGGUGGCAGCAGUUCUAGUGAUGAAUACAUUAUACAAACACCUAUACUGACACCAAAAGAAAUCCAGCCUCCAUAUAAUAUCACAGUCAUUGGGCCAUAUUCCAUAUUUGUAGCUUGGACCCCACCAGGGACCCUCAUCCCCCAAAUGCCUGUGGAGUACAAUGUCUUACUCAAUGCUGGAAGUAUAGCACCUCUCAUCUAUUCUGUCGGUCAUCGUCUGUCCACCCUUCUGGAAAAUUUGGCUUCAUUCACACAGUAUGAAAUAAGGAUACAAGCAUGUCAAAAUGGAAGUUGUGGAGUUAGCCGUAGGACAUUUGUGAAAACAUCUGAAACGGCCCCGAUGGAUCUAAAACCCCCCAUUCUUAGGGCGCUGGGGGCAGCUUGCAUAGAGGUUACCUGGAUGCCACCUGAAAAACCAAAUGGCAUCAUCACCAACUACUUUGUUCACAGACGUUCUUCCGGCCUUGAAGAGGAGACCCUCGUGUUUGUCUGGGCAGAAGGUGCCCUUGGAUUUACUGAUGAUGCUGCAGAUGCUCUGAGACCUUUCACGUUCUAUGAGUAUCACGUCAGAGCCCAUAACUCCAGGGGCUCAGUGGAGAGUCUGUGGUCAACAGUGCGGACUCUGGAAGCCCCGCCCCAAGACUUGCCAGCGCCCUGGGCUCAAGCCACUGGUGCCCAUUCAGUUCUGCUGAGCUGGACGAAGCCAGACUUUCCCAAUGGCGUCAUCUCCCAGUACCGCGUGGUCUACCGAGAGAGAGCCGACGAUCCGACAUUCACCCUCCCAACCGUGCAUGCGUUCACAGUAAUGGGAACAAGGCAGGAGGCCCACCUCUUCGGGUUAGAACCAUUCACAACGUAUCACAUUGGUGUUGUGGCCACAAACCAGGCAGGAGAAGUUUCCAGCCCCUGGACUCUUGUGCAAACCCUAGAAUCGUCUCCAAGUGGGCUGAGCAACUUUACGGUAGAACAGAAGGAGGGCGGCCGGGCCUUGUUCCUGCGGUGGGCGGAGCCUGUGCGAACCAACGGUGUGAUUCAGACAUACAACAUCUUCAGUGAUGGUACCCUAGAGUACACUGGCCUGAGUCGCCAGUUUCUCUUCCGACGCCUGGACCCUUUCACCGUCUACACGCUGACCCUGGAGGCCUGCACCGGGGCCGGCUGUGCCCGCUCCGCACCCCAGCCUGUGCAGACAGAUGAAGCCCCACCCCGCUCUCAGGCGGCUCCUGAAGUCCGGUCUGUGGGGUCCACCAGCAUUGAGCUGAGCUGGUCUGGGCCUGUUAACCCAAAUGGAAAGAUAAUUCGCUACGAAGUGAUUCGCAGAUGCUUCGAGGGAGAAGCUUGGGGCAAUCAGACCGUCCAGGCCAAUGAGAAAACUGUGUUCACGGAACAUAAUACUGAAGGGAAUGCAUUUAUGUGCAAUGACACUGGUUUGCAGCCAUGGACUCAGUGUGGAUAUAAAAUCCACGCGUGGAAUUCAGCAGGCCACACCUGUAGCUCGUGGACUGUGAUCAGGACGAUGCCAGCGCCUCCGGAAGGCCUCUCUCCCCCUGAGAUAACAUACGUAUCUGUGAACCCCCCAAAACUGAUGAUUUCCUGGGUCCCACCCCAACAGUGUAAUGGUCUUAUCCAGUCCUACAGGCUUCAAAGGAACGGGAGGCUCUAUCCUUUCAGCUUCGAUGCUGUGACUUUCAAUUACACCGACGGAGAGCUGCUUCCUUUUUCCACGUACAGCUACACGGUCACCGCCUGCACGAGUGGAGGCUGCUCUUCCAGCAGCCCAACCAGCAUCACAACUCAUGAGGCUGCUCCGGCAGGGGUCAGCCCUCCAGACCUUCAGGCUGUCAGUGCCACUCAGAUACACGUCACUUGGUCACCACCAUCGAUUCACAAUGGAAAGCUCACUAAGUAUUUACUCAGGUGUGAUGGUCAGGAGUACCUUGCUGGGCAGAGCCUGUCCCUUUUGGUCCCCCACCUGCAGCCUUAUACUCAGUACAUUUUCUCCCUGGUCGCCUGCACAGAGGGAGGUUGCACAGCUAGUGUGUCAAAAUCUGCCUGGACGAUGGAGGCCCCCCCACGGGACAUGGACCCUCCAACAUUGCAAGUCACAGGCUCGGAAUCCAUAGAAAUCACCUGGAAACCUCCAAGAAAGCCAAAUGGCCGGAUCAGAAGUUAUGAACUUAGGAGGGAUGGGACCAUUGUGUAUACUGGCCUGGAAACUCACUAUCAUGACUUUACUCUCAUCCCGGGUGUGGAGUACGGCUACACAGUGACUGCCAACAACAGCCAAGGGGGUAUAUUGAGCCCACUCGCCAGAGAUCGAACGAGCACCUCGGCACCUUCGGGAAUGGAGCCCCCAAAACUGCAGGCCAGGGGUCCUCAGGAGAUCGCAGUGAACUGGGACCCUCCAGUGAGGACAAAUGGCCAUAUCAUCAACUAUACUCUCUUCAUCUGUGAGCUGUUUGAGAGAGAAACCAAAAUCAUCCCCAUAAAUGCAACCCAUGAUUCUUUCGGCACACGGGCAUUCGUGGUGAACCAGCUGACGCCAUUUCACAGUCAGGAUCUCAGCAGGAGACAGAUGGCGUACUCAGAGGGCCAUUGGACAGAAUUUAACGUCUGGGCGGUGAAUUCAGCAGGUAAAGCUGCCAGUAGCUGGACCAGGUGUAGAACUGGGCCCGCCCCCCCGGAAGGGCUCAAGCCCCCCGAGUUCCAUGCUGUCUCUUCCACCCAAGCAGUGGUCAACAUCAGCACCCCUGGGACGCCCAAUGGGAUCAUCAGCCUGUACAGGCUGUUCUCCAACACCACCAGCGGGGCGGAGGCGGUGCUGUCGGAAGGCAGGGCCACGCAGCAGACACUUCACGGCCUGCAGCCCUUCACUACCUACCUGGUCGGGGUGGAGGCCUGCACCUGCUUCAACUGCUGCAGGAAAGGGCCCACGGCAGAGCUCAGGACCCAUCCGGCCCCACCCUCGGGACAGGGCUCUCCCCACAUCCAGACGCUGGCGUCGAGGACAGCCUCCUUCCAGUGGAGUCCCCCGCUCUUUCCCAAUGGUGUCAUCCAAAGCCAGCCGGAGACCAAGUACAUGGGGCCGGGGACCCGAGCCAGCCUGGGGGGGCUGCAGCCUUACACCACCUACCGGCUCAGAGUGGUGGCUCACAACGAGGUGGGCAGCACAGCGUCUGAGUGGUUCAGCUUCACCACCCAACAGGAAUUGCCUCAGUACAGAGGUCCCUUUUCGGUGGUCGGCAACCUGUCGAUGCUGUGUGUCAACUGGAGCAGCUCUUUCUCUCUGAACGGCCCUCUGAAGGAGUUCGUGCUCACCGACGGAGGCCAGCGCAUGUACAGCGGCGUGGACACCACCCUCUACAUACCCAGGACAGCGGACAGAAGCCUGGUCCUGACAACUCCUGGAGAAAAGAAGGGAUCUGGGAGCAAAAACACGGAGUUCUACAGCGAACUGUGGUUCAUAGUGUUAAUGGCCAUUCUGGGCUUGAUCUUGCUGGCGAUUUUUCUCUCCCUGAUACUACAAAGAAAAAUCCACAAAGAGCCGUAUAUCAGAGAGAGGCCGCCCUUAGUACCUCUGCAGAAGAGGAUGUCUCCACUGAGCGUCUACCCACCUGGGGAGACCCACAUGGCUUCAUGGAAGCUUCCUUUCAUAGGCAUGACCGAUUAA